UUGGAUGAAUGUACCACUGGUUCCCAUUCCUGUGAUGUCAAUUCUGUAUGCCAGAAUACCGUGGGUUCAUACACAUGCCCGUGUAAUGUUGGAUACACAGGAGAUGGAAAACCUUGCAAUGGUAUAUUAUAUAUUAAUUCAGGCAAAGCCCGUCCACACGAAUCACAAAUCUUUUUUGACCCAGAUUCGUGCAAACUCUGAGCGGUUUUAAAAACAUGCGGUUUAGGUGAGCAGAUUCAUCGGUUUCGUAUGGACGGAAGGCCGAUUCGUGUGAAAAAAAGAAAAUGCGGUUCUAUUCAGUGUAAGACUAACGCUUGACACUUUCACUUGCUUUUUUUGCUUUGUUACGUAGACCAGCGACCAGAUGUAAACUAUCAGGUAUAUAUCUCCGUGACUCUUAAGCCUUGUGCGAUUCCACUUUCUCAUGCAGAUAUUGACGAGUGCUCCACCAACUCUCACAGCUGUGACGCCAAUGCGGUCUGUAACAAUACUGUGGGAUCGUACGCAUGCGCAUGUAAAGCAGGGUACACAGGAGAUGGAAGGACAUGCACUGGUAAGUUGUAAAAAAAGUAACGAAUAUAUGUAUCUCUGUUUCUUCUGGGAAAUCGAAUUAGACUGGUCACAGUCCCCUGUUUUUCCGUAAGACCGCCGAGAUCGAAGACUUUGCGUUACAGGCGGCCAUCUUGGAUAAGUGUCAAAUCUACUUAGAGAAAGGAGGACGGUUUUCUCGCCUCUCUCCCUCCACGGCCAUAAACCAGGAUGCCCGCUCCCUCGGUGAAUGGUUGCGACUAGAAUGGAUACCCCAAGGUCAGAUUGUCAUCUUCAAUCAAAAUACAUGAUAGGAGUCUUAUAACUUAAAGUAGUAAAUAAGAGCAGAAACAACAGAAGAAAACAAUAGGUAGUAUGUAGGACUUAAACCCGCGUCAUUUGAUGUAUAAUCCUUAUCCGUAACGAUCUCUUAUAGUGACGCAUUACCUGCUGUAGUUCAACCGGACUUUUCACCGAGCAAACUGGAAUAAGAAACCUCUUAUUAAUUCAAAAUACUUCUGCGUUUCUGAUUGGUUCUAAAUAUUCCCCAGCUAAUUCUUCAUAACCAGCUACCGUUGACCAAAUUUGANUUUUUUUUUCAGUUAUAUUUAUUAAUAAGUAUAUUAUACAUGUAUUCACUGUGUUAGCAUGAUCUCACGCAGUUUUAACGGUCUUUAGCUCACUAAAGAGAUAAGCACUCAGUUGGAUCCUCAUGUUCCUUAAGUAAAGGCAAGGAAGAUAGAGUGGGACGAUUACUAUCCACCCCGGGGAAUUGGACAUCCUGAUUCCAACUAAGGUUAUAGCUUUAUCCUAGGUAUUUGCCAGUCAGGUUGGAGCUAUUUUAGUGGCUACUGAUACUUUACAAGUCGCACUUGUGGCUCUUGGAUCACCGCUGUAUCAAACUGUUCAACAAUGAGUUCCAAUUUGGUAACAGUUCAUAACCAAGAUGAAAAUGUAUACAUUCAACACCGACACAAUGGAGAGAGAUCCUGGAUUGGACUUAAUGACCGAAGUGUGGAGGGCUCCUUUGUGUGGACAAACAAAGAAAUAAGUAGUUUUAGAUUUUGGGCGCCGCAGCAACCGAACAACUGGAGAAAUGAAGAUUGUGUUCACACUCUUGGCGCAAAACAUGGUUACACUUGGAAUGAUGUGCCUUGUCAUAACUGCUAUAACUAUACUUGUUUUAAAGGUAUAUGAGAUAAUAUUGUUUACUAGGUACCAAGAUAAGAAAUAAUUAUGUUUUUGUGACCCUCGGUUAGCCUAUAGUGCCCCAAGGCAUUCAACUACAAUAAAGAAAGACCUAUUAGAAAAAAAAAUCUUGAAACAAAUCAGAGUCCGACUGAAAAAGUUUGAGAGUGGUUUUGUUAUUGAAAACAUUGUCAUUAACCAUUAGCAAACCAAAGAGUUUGGUACAUUUCGUUUGAGACUCUCGUCUGCCAUUUACACAAAUCAUUCCCAUUUACAGACAAAGACUGAAAUGUCCACAAAGCCUGAAAUCUGUACCAAAGAUGAGUUUGAAGAAAUAGCAAACGAAAUUCCGUUUAAACAUUUCGUUCACAUCAACUCUGACGUGGACUUGUAGGCACGCUUACAUUUCUUUUAUGUUUUUCACGGUUACGAAACGAAACCUGUUUUUUAAAAAAACAUUUUCGUAAAUGGCUCAACGAAUAUGAGCUCCGCAAGGCAAGGUUUUUAAGAUCCUUUUUGCGAGUCACGUUUUCCUCACAUUUUUUUUCUCUUUACAGUUUACCCGUUAGACUAAAGAGUGUUUAAUAUCACACUGUGUGAUUUUUCCUUUUAGACUUGGAUGAAUGUACCACUGGUUCGCAUUCCUGUGACGUCAAUUCCGUAUGCCAGAAUACCGUGGGUUCAUACACAUGCUCGUGUAAUGCCGGCUACACAGGAGACGGAAAACCUUGCAAUGGUAUAUUAUAUAAUAAUUCAGGCGAAGCACGUCCACACGCAUCAAAAAUCUUUUUUUACCCAGAUUCGUGCAAACUCUGAGCGGUUUUAAAAACAUACGGUUUAGGUGAGCAGAUUCAUUGGUUUCGUAUGGACGGAAGACCGAUUCGUGUGAAAAAAAAAAAAAAUGCGGUUCUAUGCAGUGUAAAACUAACGCUUGACACUUUCACUUGCAUUUUUUGCUUUGUUACAUAUAUACCAGCGACCAGAUGUAAACUAUCAGGUAGAUAUAAUCUCCGUGACUCUUAAGCCUUGUGCGAUUCUACUUUCUCAUGCAGAUAUCGACGAGUGCUCCACCAACUCUCACAGCUGUGACGCCAAUGCGGUCUGUAACAAUACCGUGGGAUCGUACGCAUGCGCAUGUAAAGCAGGGUACACAGGAGAUGGAAGGACAUGCACUGGUAAGUUGUUAAAAAAAGUAACGAAUAUAUGUAUCUCUGUUUCUUCUGGGAAGCCGAAUUAGACUGGUCAUAGUCCCCUAUUUUUCCGUAAGGCCGUCGAGAUCGAAGACUUUGCGUUACAGGCGGCCAUCUUGGAUAAGUGUCAAAUCUACUUAGAGAGAGGAGGACGGUUUUCUCGCCUCUCUCCCUCCACGGCUAUAAACCAGGACGCUCGCUCCCUUGGUGAAUGGUUGUGACUAGAAUGGAUACCCCAAAGUCAGAUUGUUAUCUUCAAUCAAAAUACAUGAUAGGAGUCUUAUAACUUAAAGUAGUAAAUAAGAGCAGAAACAACAGAAGAAAACAAUAGGUAGUAUGUAGGACUUAAACCCGCGUCAUUUGAUGUAUAAUCCUUAUCCGUAAUGAUCUCUUAUAGUGACGCAUUACCUGCUGUAGUUGAACCAGACUUUUCAUCAAGCAAACUGGAAUAAGAAACCUCUUAUUAAUUCAAAAUACUUCUGCGUUUCUGAUUGGUUCUAAAUAUUCCCCAGCUAAUUCUUCAUAAUCAGCUACCGUUGACCAAAUUUGUCAAUGAGAGGCAUCCGCGUAGACCCAGGGGAAGUCAGUCGCGCCGCCGUUUCUCCUGACUCGACUGAGAUCCCGGAACCGCAUAUUUUUUCUUGUUUUCGUAUGGACGAGGCCUUAAACCACUCUGGAGCGCGGUUUAAAAAGAGGCUGGGCGGUUUAGUUUUGGUGAUGCUGGAGAAAAUGGCGAAGAAGAAAAAAAGCCUAAAAACAAAGGAAAUUGAACAACAAACAUUGGACUCGACCGAUGAAAACAGCUCUUGAAUAUAGAUAUUCUAUAGACUAAACAUGCCCUUAUAUCCUGAAAUUCCGAGGAACAGGCAAAUGUUAUGGAGACGACAGAAACUUUCCAUCGAUGAAGGGAAGCAUAAUUAAAAGUUUUGAAAUAUCUUGAAUUAGUAAAAUAAUUUUUUAUUCCUGCUCUUGUAUGAUAUGAAGACACAGAUCUUGGGAGUGGGGAGUUAGAGUACAGAGGCCGAAUCCAAAUUAAUCAAAGUUAGUACCAUCAGGCAGAUGCAAAAUCUCUUAUCCUUAACCCCGGCUUCACUAUAUUUUUCCAGAUAUCGACGAGUGUUCUACCAACACCCAUAGCUGUGACGUCAAUGCGGCGUGCAACAAUACUGUGGGAUCGUACGCAUGCGCAUGCAAAGUAGGAUACUCAGGAGAUGGAAGAACAUGCACUGGUGAGCCUUUUUAA